AUGGUGGAUGUGCGCGUGCAUGUAAAUCGAACGUUAUUUUCCAUAUAUUCGGUGGAAGAAAUCUUUGGGAGAAGGAGCACGCGACAUCACGUGUUUUUCAACGACGAAGAUCAUUGCUCGAGUUUUUCCUUUUUUUUUUUUUUUUUUUACGUUUUCCCUUUCUCUCCCAUUCCAGACGAGAAUGCGCUCCACGCCACGCCGCUCCCGUCCGGCGUCUGCUCGUACUGUUGCCCCAUCGACGUGAAUCGGGACAUAGAGUAUCUUGUGUACACCAGGAGGAACCCGAAUUGCGGAGCGACGUUGAAUAUCUCGGACCCGUAUUCGUUGGGGAGGAGCAAUUUCAACGGCAGAUAUCCGACCGUAAUUUUCAUCCACGGAUACAGCGAGAGCGCGACGGGAAGAAGCGCCGUGGCGAUACGCGAUGUUUACCUGAAACGGGGGGAGUACAACGUGAUUCUGGUGAACUGGGCAAAGUUGGCCGGCCUGCCGUGGUACGUGACAGCUGUGAGAAACACGAGAAUAGUCGGGCCUCAGCUCGCCCGCCUCGUCGAAUGGCUGGCCGCUCGGGGGGCCGUGUCCCUGCCCGACUUGCACGUAAUUGGUUUCAGCCUGGGGGCCGAGAUAGCUGGUUUCAUGGGGAAAGCUUUGUCCCCGCGGAAGGUGGGCAGGAUCACGGGGCUGGACGCCGCCUACCCACUCUACAUGAACACGGGCAACGAGGGCCACUUGGCGAGGACGGACGCCGCGUUCGUGGACGUGAUCCACACGGACGGGGGGAUCCUGGGCUUCCCGAAUCCGUUGGGCCACGUCGACUUCUAUCCGAACGGUGGGAAACCGAAGCAGCCCGGCUGCGACGAAACGGAGAACGCGUUUCAGAGAAGCUUGUCGAGAUUCGUCAAUCGGUACAUCUUUUGUGGCCAUCAUCGCGCGUGGAUGUUCUACGCCGAGUCGGUGACGAAUCCUUUCGGUUUCCCGGCCAGUCGAUGCGCAAAAUGGCGGCCGGACAUCCCGGUGGAUUGCAGGUGGACGCCCCAAGCGUUGAUGGGCUUCGCCGUGGAUCACGGAACGAGAGGGAAAUUUUACUUGAGGACCAACGCGCAGCCACCUUUCGCGAGGAACGCGACAGGCUACGCGUGACGUUCAGUUUUGGAUGAACCAUGCCAUCGAGAUUUUAGAUUUCUUUCGAGAACUUGCUCGACAGGGAUCGUGCCAAUGAAACGGAGGAGGAAGAAGUUGAGGGACGAUUUUAUAUACGGCAAGAAAGGAAAAAGUGAAAAUUGCCCCUCAUCAGCUCCGAAGAAAAGGAAGGGGAAAACACGGUGAAUAAAGUUGACUAUCAUCGAGCAGUUUCUCUUCUUUGCGACGACUGACGGCGACUGCGGCCAGUUACAAUUUGGUACAAUUUAUUUAGCCAGGCCUAGGAAAUUCCAAGGACGAAUCUCUUUCGAGCGAUAAUCGGAUAAGGACAACCCUUUGUCGGGGAUAAUUUUGUUAAACAUUUGAUCAAAAACUCGGUAAACUUUGGAUGAACAAUGAGAAAGGAUGAAAAUCUGGCCGAUCUCCAAAUAUAUCUUCAAAUAUAGAGCGAGUAUACUUUUUUGCAACGAUUUCAAAGAUUCGAGAAAAUCUUGCGAUCUUGCAGUCCAAAAAGAGAAAAAAAGAAAGUUGGAAAAUAUAGGGGAGAAGUAGAGUGCACAGUUUUGCUCGUAGAUAAAAUUACACGAAAAAUGGAGCAGAAAUUUUUACUCGAUCGUUUUUCGAGUAGAGAAUCAAAAGUGUGUUUCACGCGAGAUAUUUUUUUAGAGGAAGGGAGAGUGAGAGAGAGAGAG